AUGGGGGCAUGGAGCGUAAUAUGUGCUCGGAAGCUCGUUCGGUCAAGCAGCUCAAUGGAACUGCUUUCAUUCGCCCAACAAACACGUUAUGAACCAGUGUGCUGCCUACCUGCUCCACUGCCAGUGAUUUAUCUGUGUCGUCCCCUUCUUAUAACCCUUCUCGUUAUUUGGCAGGGGCCGGCCGUCUGGAGGCUUUGGCGGAUCUGGUGCGCCCAGGUAACCAAAGGCGCCAUCCUCGCUGACGCUGUGGGCCUCGGGAAGACAAUCGAAUUCAUUGCAUUCAUUCUGACAGUGGCCCGGGACAAGCGCAAGAAGCUGCAAGCAGGCGAGAAAUUCACUACCAAGCCUACUUUGAUUGUGGUUCCUCCACACCUGCUGGACCAGUGGUCAUCUGAAUUGCGCAAGCUAAGCAAUAAACUAGACACGGGAAGCUCCCUCUAUGUCAAGAAUAAGUUGACUAAAAAGCAUCCGAUGUUUCAGCCAGAUUUCGAUGGCAGAUAUUCAAUGGUACUUACUACCUACAAUACUCUUGAGAAGCGCCAUGGUCUCUCUGCAGUCUCUGAGUGGCACAAGAACAAAUACUCGGAGAAGUAUAAGCCGACUGAGUCCAUCCGAUCCGACUUUCCGCACAGUCUUGGUGGAUGCUUUGACCUCGUCAUAUGCGACGAGGCCCAUUAUCUGAGGAACAGAACUUCAGGUAAUACUGCUGGGCUUUCUGAAUUGCAUAUUGUUUACGACCAAUGA